AUGGGGGCAAACAAGCCCGACUUCGCAGAGGAGGUUCGCUCAGCCUGGAAUUCCUUGCGUCCUCAAGAGCCCGAAGACCCCUUGAGUGCUUUGCUGCCAUCCUGUGACUUGUUCAAAGAUUUCAGUGCUUCAGCCCUUUGCAGACCCGCUGCUACAGAUCGCCCGGUGGAUGUGGAACUUCGUAAGAUUCUGCAGCCGAGCCUUGCUGGCAGGAGGUUAUACCUGCAAUGUGUGCAAAACAUUGAGGUUUUGUCUUGGAAGGAAGCUUUGGAUUGUCAAACACAGAAAGCUAUCAAGAGGUGGUAUAAUUUGGUCUUGCUUUGGAAGUCGGAGCUUCUGGUGGUAAAGCAAGUCUCCAGUGCCACUGUGGUGGAAGGCAUGGACAUCUUGGCUGAUUACUUGAGACCAAAGGCUCCUAGUACUUUGAACAAGAGGGCCUCGUCUCUUUUCUUGCUUGACAAGUUGCUCUCGGAGGAAGGGCUCCUUUUCCCUCCUGACGAGCAGCAUUUGUAUGAUGCCUUGUGCAAGCUACGUGCCAAAGGUAAGGCCCAGUCCGGACGGAAGGGCAUCCUUGAAGCUUUGAACUUUUGCUACUUCGUCUUGAACAUUGAAGAGUGCGAGGAGCUGGUUUUUAGCAGAAGGUGCCAAGGAGUGUGCUAUGUUGAGCCGCGUGCGCGGGUCAACCAAGCUUCGCCUUUCUCCUUAGAGGAAGUUUUGGAGUUGCAUGGGAUAGUACACCAGGCUUCUGACGACUGGGAUGCAGUCUUUGCUGGAGCAGUGUUGACCGCCAUUUACUUGAGGUCACGAUGGGCUGAUUUGCAGUGCUGUGAGGACUUACAAUUGGACCGCGAUGCCGUGGGUCGAUUGUGUUACAUCGAUCUGAUCACCGGGCAUCACAAGUCAAUGCAGUCGAGACAGCAUCGACACCAGUUCUUGACUAUGACCGGGCCGUGCGUUGGGGUCACAUCGAACCAAUGGGUUGAACGUUGGCUUUGCCGGUGCGAGGCCGUGGGUUUCAAGCCUUGCACAGGUGGAUGGCCAGUUAUGCCCGCGCCUGAUGUUACGGGACGGCCGACGGUGCGUCCGCUCUCGUCAGGUGAGAUGACAGCUUGGAUCAGGAAACUCCUUCCGGGCGCGGCGGAGGCCGACAGAAAGCUGUCCAGCCAUUCUGCGAAGUGCACGUUGCUUUCUUGGAUGGCGAAAUUCGGAGCAUCCCAAGAUGUCAGGGCGUGUUUGGGAUAUCACGUGGGGACCAGCAAGACUGUUUUCCGCUACAGCCGAGACGCGGCCGCAAGUCCGCUUUAUGAGCUAGGCCGGAUGCUGCAGUGGGUGAGGGAUGGCCGCUUCCAUCCCGACAACACCCGUUCGGGGAGGUUUACAUCUGCAGAAGAGCUUGAGCAGGCUUGGUGGGACCAGGUGAGGGAUUUGCCUCCCUCGAGUGAGGGGAGGAAUCGCGAUCUGGAAAUCUCGCUACCUGAAGACAUGCAACCUCAAGCAGAUGGCUUACAUAGUCUCGUCGAAGGAUUGGGCUUCGACCACGACGACCCCGAGGAGCGACUUUCUUUGUCUGGGGGCAUUGGCGACUCCUUGGCAGGAUUGGACGAUGAAGAGGCACGGGAUGCCGCUAAUGAAGAUCCUGACUCUUCGGCAGAAGGGGCCUCUAGUUCUUCAGAGAGCGAUGGGCAUGCAAAGUCCAGGAUCUGUCAGUUGAAAAAGGAUGGAUAUGUGCGGCACUCGCAGUCUGAUUAUCACAUGAGGGCAUUGCACUUUUUGUUUGUGGUAUCUGCUCAGUUUCUCCGCGCGAUGGCUUUAAUUGACAGUGAGGCUUCGCUCAAACAAAGGUGCCUGCCCGUGGAGGGGGAUGACUCCCUUUUCGAGUCUCUAAAGGCCAAUGGAGUGAAGACGCUGCGUCAGUUGGCAUUCGCACUGGGGAGCCCACAAACUCCACCGUCCGAUGAUUCUCUGAAGGACCUUGCGGCUAAGGUUUACAAGUGUGCCGAGGGUACUCAGCCUACGAUCGGACAAAUUGCAAAUGUUCGCAUGCUUAUCUUCGAGGCCUCUACACUUGUAGUGGCACAGUUGCGAGCACAGGCGACGGCGGAUGAUUCCGAUCUUGCAGGUCGCAAGCUGCCGCAUGUUGAAAAGCAAGCGCGUUUGACCUCGCAGAAGGCCCGACUUCCCGGGCUGCUGAUAGAGGGAGAGCUGCAGCCCAGCUACGCGCUGGUAGAUGCUUGUGCCCUGAUGUCAGAGUCGAACAGCAUUACUUGGAUCAGCCCCUCGCGUUGCACUAAGCGUGAUGCUGAGGUGCAACAGCUAGGGAAAGAGAAAACCUCGUUGGUACAAAUUGAGGCAGGCACCUUGAAGGUCAGUUCGAGCAGCAAGUUGCCUGAUGCUGAUACAACCACUGCCUUGCAGCUUCUGUAUUGCUUCCAGAGGCGAGGGUUGGCAUUAGAUCAGUGCAGCCUCAUCGGCUGGUCGGACCAUGAGUGGUACGUACAGAGCCUUAUGUCCUAUCUUCAUGGAGAGCCGGUGUCAGGAGCCAGGCCCGCGAUCGCCCAGGUCAUUCGGGCAGACCGGGAGGCUUGGACACUGAUGAGCCGUGAGAUCGAGGGACCAAUUGGGGUGAAGGAUGCGGCUGGCGAGCUGGUGAUGGCGGCUGCUUUGAGGCGGUUGGCCAAAGACCCUCGCGUAGUCGUUCAUCUUGUUACGGCACCGCAGCCGCAGAAAGUCGCUCCACCGCCUUCCAUCCCUACCGACUCGGCUGCUGCUGCAGCUUUGGCUGAGAAGGAUACCAAGAAGAAGAAGCGCAAGCGUCUUACCGGCCUUGUACCGGAGUCUUUGAAGGGAUGUGUCACCAAGAUCAAGGCCGGGCCCAUUUGUUGGGCUUUUAACCUUGCCGAGGGGUGUUCGCUUGAAACCAAGAAGGAUGCCCAUGGAACAAAGUGUGCAAAGGGAUACCAUGUUUGCGCCGGAUAUACCAUGUUUGCGCCGGAUGCCACAAGCCUGGCCACAGCUUUCCAAACUGCCGGAAAGGAGGCUCGUGACAGGUUGAGGAGACUCCCGCUGCCUCGAGUGAAGCUUCGCGUGCAUCGCGAUUCCAACAACGACGACUCCCACUGCAACAUCCUGCUGAAGUUGUCCGAAUUUCAGGGCGGGGCCGUUUGGGUAGAGGGUGAUGGUGACAUUGAGGUGACUGAUCCAAAGGGACGCGUCUUGAAGGGUCAUGAGUUGUCUUGGGAAAACAACAAAAUCACUUUGGAUGCGAGGAACUUGUAUCAUGCUACACUCCCCUGGACGGGGCGACGACUGGUUCUGGUAGGAUAUCACGUCAGGGACUUCCAAAGACUGCCGUGUGACGAUCGCCAGAGGCUGAUUGACAUCGGCUUUCAGUGCCCAUCGAAACCCGCGCCUUCCCCCCAUAGGACCCUUGGGUUUAGUUCCCCCUCUUCGGGUGUUGCUAGCGCUGCCACUUCAAGUGCUGCCACCAAAGGUGAGUUGAUUAGAAUUGGCCUGCCUUCCGAACCCAAAGCCUUCGUGCAAAGAGCAGUGCAAGCCGGCCACCCUAGGGACGGAAGUGCACAUGUCUCGAAGCUUGUCGUAAAUGCAAUCAAAGCGAACUUCAGCGACCCGCCGGCGCAAACUGUCACCUCUCGUGCUGCUGCUCUUAAACAUUGGACUGCACGAGCCAAGCAAUUAGAGCAGAAAGAGGAGGAGUUACACCGGAGUUUGCCGGAGCACCUUCGUUGUCUGCUGGAGGGCAAACGGUUGCUCUUGUGGCAAGAAAUGCACGAAGCAGCUGGAUCUCCAGAUGACCAGCUAAUCACCCACAUGUGUGAUGGAUUUAAGUUGUCUGGUUGGUUAUCGCAGGGAGGGCUUUUCCCUCCGAAGGUUAGGCCACCCUCCUUUUCGGUUUCCACCCUUAGUUGCUUAGCAAAAGGUCUGAAUCAGUCGACGAUUGCGAAAAUGCGUGUCCGGCAGGAUGAAGACUUGGAAAAGGCAACUUGGCAGGAAACUGAGAAGGAACUGCAAAAGGGUUGGAUUUUUGCUGACACAAAAAGUUGCAUAGAGCUUUGCGCUCUGGCCCGCAGAUUUGGAAUCAGACAGCUUGACAAAGUGCGUGUCAUAGACGAUGCCAGCAUUUGUGGCAUCAACGCUACCGUUGGCUUGAAGUAUGGUUUCCAAAUGCAUUCCAUUGAUAGAUAUGCUGCGUGGAUCUCCAAGGCGCUACGCAUCAAUGAGGGCAGACUGCCUGCCUGCAAAGGUCGUGUAUACGACCUUAAGAGUGCGUACAAACAGUUUGGAAUCCAUCCUACAGACAGGGAGCUUUUCAGAUUUGCAGUUAACAAACCAGGAGAGGCGGAGCCCAUGAUUAUGGGAGCAAACUCCUUACCGUUCGGUGCGGUGGGAAGUGUUGCUGCUUUCCUCCGUAUCUCGUUGAGCAUCUGGCUGAUAGGAGUGAGGCUGUUCAGUAUCUUCUGGACCGCAUUUUUCGAUGACUACGGAGUCACGACUCGCGAUGAGCUUGUUGCCAACACAGACUCUUGCAUAUGUGCCAUUUUUGAUCUUCUUGGAGUUGAAUUUGCUCGGGAGGGCAAAAAGGCACCACCGUUCUCACGAGACUUUAAACUGCUUGGAGUCAGAGUCGAUUUGAAUGAUGCACCUCGGGGGAUUGUGCGAAUCGGCAACACUGCCGAGCGUCGCGAAGAACUGAACGUGUUCAUCGAAGACAUCUUGCAAGCCAAUUGUCUCGACCUUAAGACCGCUGAAAGGCUCCGAGGCAGGUUGGUGUUUUUCGAGGGGUUUGUUUUCGGGCGAAUGUCGAAUUCGGCCAUCCGAACUGUGGAUCGAGCGGCCAGGGCGGGACUCACUUCGAAGAGGCUGCCCGAGGAUGUUAGAAAGAGCCUCGUUGUCAUUCGCGAGAGGCUGAGGGUGGCUGAGCCUGUGACCAUCGCUACCAAAAACCAUCACUCUUGGCUUAUCUUCACAGAUGGAGCCUGCGAAGGCGAGAAGAAGCUAGGAUCCAUUGGAGGAGUGAUCGUGGGCUUGAGUGGCCAUCCGAUAUCCUUCUUCAGUGAGCAAGUCCCACAGGAUAUCAUGAAGAUCUUGUUGAGCAACUCGCAGAAUCCCAUUUUCGAACUUGAACUUCUGCCGGUCCUAGUUGCUUAUAGGCUCUGGGGCCAGUGGUGCAGAUUUUCUCAAGCCGUUUUUUACUUGGAUAAUGAAGGUGCUCGCCAUUCGAUAAUAGCCGCGGGAGGAGGCGCCGAUCUCGCUCGUGUGAUUAUCGAUGGCAUCCUCUCGAAGGAAACUUCCCUUCAAAUCCACGCAUGGUACGCCCGUGUACCUACGCAUAGCAACAUUGCAGACUCCCCGAGCAGAGGUGAGUACGAAGGUCUCUUGAACAUUGGAUGCUCAAGGCUUCGCGUCGACUGGGAUGCGGUGGCACGGCAGUGUUUUCCAUUGGGGUGA